CCCCAGGUACGCACGGAGAGGCUCCGGCAAAUCAAAUCACACUCGUGCCAGAAGACGAGAGCCCCCCGUCCCCUUCCUCCUCCACCGAGCUCCAGCUCCCGCUCCGGAGGACACGGGCCAUGGCGCCCCCUCUCUCCUCCUGGCCAUGGGCGAGCCUGGGCAUAUACAAGUACUUCCUGCUGGCCCCGCUGGUGUGGAAGGUGGCGCAGGAGUGGACGGAGCAGGGCGGCGCGCCGCUGGGCUCGCGGUGGCUGCACCUGCUGCUGCUCUUCUCCGCCCGCGGGCUCACGUACCAGUUCUGGUUCUCCUACAGCAACAUGCUCUUCCUCACCCGCCGCCGCCGCGUCGUCCCCGACGGCGUCGACUUCCGCCAGGUCGACCACGAGUGGGACUGGGAUAACUUCCUGGUGUUGCAAACGCUGAUUGGUGCGGCGCUAGUCAACGGCCCGCUGCUCCUCCCGGGGCUGGAGAAUCUCCGCGUGUGGGACCCGCGGGGGCUGGGCAUCGCGCUGCUGCUGCAUGUGGGCUUCUCAGAGCCCGUGUUCUACUGGGCCCACCGGGCCCUGCACGGGGCCCCGCUCUUCUUCAGCCAGUACCACGCCGGCCACCACUCCACGCCGGUGACCCAGCCACUGACAGCUGGAUUCGGCACGCCGUUGGAGGCCCUGCUGCUGACGCUGACGAUGGGGGUCCCGUUGGCAGGGGCCUUCCUGAUGGGGGCUGGGUCCGUGGGCCUGGUCUACGUGCACCUCCUCACGUUCGACUAUCUUCGGAGCAUGGGGUACAGCAAUGUGGAGGUCAUCUCUCACAGGGUCUUCGAGGCUGUCCCACCGCUCAGAUACCUCCUCUACACCCCGACGUAUCUGAGCCUGCACCACAGGGAGAAGGACUCCAACUUCUGCCUCUUCAUGCCUCUCUUCGACCUCCUGGGCGGUACCCUAAACUCCAAGUCAUGGGAGCUGCAGAAGGAGAUCUACCAAGGGAAGAAUGAUGGGGUGCCGGAGUUCGUGUUCCUGGCGCACGUGGUGGACAUCAUGUCGUCGAUGCACGUCCCGUUCGUGCUCCGCUCCAUCUCCUCGGUGCCGUUCGAGAACCGGCUGAUCCUGCUGCCCUUCUGGCCCGUGGCCUUGGUCUACAUGCUGCUCAUGUGGUGCUGCUCCAAGACCUUCCUCGUCAGCUUCUACUACCUCCGCGGCCGCCUCCACCAGACGUGGAGCGUGCCCCGCCACGGCUUCCAGUACUUCAUCCCGGCGGCCAAGGAGGGCAUCAACCGCCAGAUCGAGCUCGCCAUCCUCCGCGCCGACAGGAUGGGCGUCAAGGUCCUCAGCCUCGCCGCCCUCAACAAGAACGAGGCAUUGAAUGGAGGUGGCAUCCUGUUCGUGGACAAGCACCCUGACCUGAGGGUGAGGGUGGUGCACGGCAACACCCUCACGGCCGCCGUGAUCCUGAACGAGAUCCCCAGCAACACCAAGGAGGUGUUCCUCACCGGCGCCACGUCCAAGCUCGGCAGAGCCAUCGCCCUCUACCUCUGCCGGAAAAGGAUCAGAGUCAUCAUGCUGACGAUGUCGUCGGAGAGGUUCCUGAAGAUCCAGAGGGAGGCGCCGGCGGAGUUCCAGCAGUACCUCGUGCAGGUCACCAAGUACCAGGCCGCGCAGAACUGCAAGGUCUCACCGGCGUUCAGCCAUCCGAUUGCUGAUCAAUCUGUAGUUCUGUACCGCCCUUGUAUGAUGAUGUGUUACAUGAUGGUAACGUUGGGUGUGCAGACGUGGCUCGUGGGCAAGUGGCUGUCGCCGAGGGAGCAGCGGUGGGCGCCGCCGGGGACGCACUUCCACCAGUUCGUCGUGCCGCCGAUCAUUGGGUUCCGCCGCGACUGCACCUACGGCAAGCUCGCCGCCAUGAGGCUCCCCAAGGACGUGCAGGGCCUCGGCUCCUGCGAGUACACGAUGGAGCGAGGGGUGGUGCACGCGUGCCACGCCGGCGGAGUGGUGCAUUUCCUGGAGGGUUGGCAGCACCACGAGGUGGGCGCGCUCGACGUCGACCGGAUCGACGUCGUGUGGAAGGCGGCGCUCAAGCACGGCCUGACGCCGGUGUGAUAGCUCCCUGGACGACGCAGGUGCGGAAUGCAGCCGAAACGAAGCAACUAGGAUCGCUCCCUCCUCCAUCCCCCAUGUAUUGUAUUGUACUCCACUCCAUUCAUGUCAAAUGUACCACUAAUACCGGUUUGACAAGAGACUGGAUUAAUUGAA